AUUGGAAACCAGAAUGGAUACAUGUACAACAAGCGGUUUUUUUCUUCUGAAAUAGACACAGACUAUAUACUUUCUAAGAAAGAAAUAUCUGAUGAAAACGAACAAGAGUACAACUUUAAAAGAAAGCCAGUGAAUGACAGAGUACACAAAGACAUGGACACAAAAACCCCAGAAGGCAGGUAUCUUAGCAUGUAUCACACCCUGCUGAUAAAGAUGUUUCCGUCUGCAGAUGGAGACCUCUCCAUUGAGGCAGGAAGGUCAAAUGCACUUACAAACUUCCUAAGAGCAGAUCAUGUUAAAAAGGACACAAAGUACAUCCUCGCUGCGCUGCUGCUGCUCUCAGAGGGCGUUGACAUUAAAAUAGCAGUAGACUACAAAGGAAAGAAAAAUAAUCUUGUCAUAAAAAGUAAGACGUGCAAGAAAAAAGUAUUUGUAAAUGUAGAAAUGCAUACUGCAGGUAUAGACCCAGUUACUAAUGAGCACAGUGAAAACAUCUACCAAAGUGAGGCGGCUGGAAUUGUUAAGUUCUAUAUGCAGUGCAAAGACAAUUCAUUGCUAAAGAAAGGAGGUGAGUUUGCAAUGCCAGCCACAAAAGAAGAGUUUGAAAGUGGAAAGUUUCUGAACAAUGCAGCCUUCCUUAUACAGACAUACAUCUACGAGUUCAUUGACACAGCAGAAGACUACAAGGACUUUGUGAAUGCAGCGCAUGAACUACUGGUUGACCAAGUAACUGAAAAGGAGAACCCCGAGCAGACUAAGAAGAAGGGCAAGAAGGGCAGAAUAUUUGAUGAGCUUUUCGUUGCAAAAGAAGAACUUAGUGAAAAUAUAAAGUACAUUGAAAAAUUCUAUAGCUUUAUAAAAACUAUAAAUGAGAAUACUAAUUUUCCCUUCUGCAAUGCUAAUCAGCUGCCGAAGUAUACUAGAGUGCCGCGUUGUAAACUAGACAAGUCUGGCUUUGAGAAGGACCAAGCCUUAUACUAUAGCAACUGUGUAGAGACGGCUCUGCUUGGGUUGUUCUGCUGCCUAGCAUAUAAUUCAGAGACAGGAAAGUACGAAACUAGCCACAUGGGAGAGGGAGUAAGCAAUGAGUUGGGAGACUUCUUUGGAGACUAUCCUAAGCCAACAGAAACCACAAACUUUGAAAUGCACAAACGAUGGAGUAAAGUUGUUGCUUGCUUAAAGAAUGAAAAGAUUGACUACGUGCAGAGUAGAAAUGAACUUUUCCCUGGGGUUGAAAAUAUAUUUCUGGCAAUUGCAGAAAUAACAGGCAAGAAGAAAGAAAUACUAAAGUUAGUUGAAUGUAUAGAGAAUAUAUGCAGAACAGGAGAAUUAGAUAAUAAGCAAAAGGAAUACAUAUCGAAUAAGAUAGAAUCAAUUAUUAAGGCUUUGUCAAAGAAUAAGAAUGUGAGAGUAGAGUGCAAACAAAUGAGACUUGAGACAAGACCAAAUGGAAAGGCAGAUAUUUUCGCUGAGAUUAACAUUAUUUAUACUUUUGAUGAAGAGCAGGAUAAAAUUUCUUUAGAUAUAAAAAAAGGACAUGCAAAUCUUGUUCUUCUUCGAUCUUUAGGGAAUAACUCUUCACAAAUUAAAGAAGAGUAUGAAGAAGUAAAAAAUACUUGCAGUGGUGUAGACAGCUAUUUAGGAUACAUUGCGAAUCAGUACGUUAGUGUGGAGUUCGAUUCUUUAAAUAAUAAUCGCGCAGGUCUUUCAAAUAAUCUUAGAAAAACCAUAAAAUCAACUAUACAGGAAGAAUCUAAAGGUAUAUCUAGAAUAUUCUUAUUCGGAAGGAUUUCUGACAUCAAUGUUAAAAGCGCUAUUAUGAAUAUUUUUAUAGACAGUACUAUAGACAAAGAGGUAAGCUCAACUAGCUCCAUGAAGCGGUUUACAGCAAACAUUUUAGGAAGUGUUCCUCUCAAUGAUCCUGGAACAAGAUAUAUGAUGCUAAAGCACUUCCCAUUUCACACAAGCUGGCAAGAAUACUAUCCAAGGCUUGGAUUUAAGCCAUUGGAGCCUAUCCCAAAAGAAGAUUGUAUUUGGAAUCAAAUAGGAACAUACGAGAUGUGCGAUGCUCUACUAGAUCUCCCAGCGCCCAUUGCAUUACAAGCCGCAUGCAACUAUCUUAUAGCAGCUGCGAAUAUCUUACAUGUAGGGUUUUUAGGAUUAGAGUGCAUAACUUUAAUGUGUAUAUUUGAACAUAUCAUGUCUAAUGGGGAAGUAAAUAACUUGGUGAAAGCCCAAUCCAUUCUCAAAGAAUCUAUGGAUGACUAUAAUUUAAAUCAGGUAUAUAUUCCAUGGUUUAUCCAUACAUGUGAUAUGGCUCGUAGAGUCUCACCUGAAUUUGUUAAGAAAGUUUACGACUCUAUACUCUUUGAUAAUUAUCCAGAACCAUUUGUGUGUUCAGAUCGAAUAGAAUACCGUAUGGAAUUUUCUAGAAACUGUCUAAAUCUUUUAAAAGCAAAUAAAGGUUUCUUCUGCUCAGGCUCAAAGGAUGAAAGCAAAGGCAUAGAAAAGUAUGAUGGGCUGGUAGCAUACUUGUCGAGAUUCAAUUGA